AUGGAGCUGGUGUGGGAGAAGGAGCUGCAACGGGAUUGGCUGAUGGAGAUGCCAGGAGAUGGUUGUGAAAGGGGAUGCAGAUUCCAUUACGGGCCAGUGGCUCAAGUGAGAUCUUUCCAGGAACAGCGCGGCGACCUGAUCACAGCGCGCUCUCAUUACUGGCCACACGGGCAGACGCCGCUCAGCCCACAAAGAGCAGCACGAGAAGGAGGAGACGAUAUUUACAACCUGGACACACGCCUCACCCGCUGGGGAGGUUGUGGUGUGGGAGGGGGGGGAGUAAAUUGCAAUCUGCCCUCCAAGACCGCUGCAGAUCAGAGCCAGCGCACCUGA